AUGACGCGACGCAAGACGGCUUCACCUUUUCUGUCACAGCCCACGGCCUUUCCCGGUUCAAAAGAGCCAUGGAGCUCCCACCUCGUCCUUGGGGAUUCAAUGGAGGCACAAUUAGUCAAGUACAUCCCUAGAACGCGCACCAGCCAACCAAGUGCCAACCAACGCAUGAGACGCCACAAACUCCAAGGGACGGACUUGAAAGCACAAAAACGUGUCGAGACCGGGAUGAAAGGAGCCUCGUGCGCACUUUGCCUCGUGUUCUCGGCACACAAGCACGGACAUCCGGACCCUUGGGCGUUUGCUCAACAGCAAAUAGACGUCUCAAAAAUCAGUUUCUGCAAAUUCGUACUACGAAACCGAGGUGAGAGGACCAUGAUGAUUGACUCCUGA